CUCGCCGAUUAUUUCCAACCACUGCAGCUUUUCGGCUACAUGCUAAAAUCACUGGUUCGUGACUCCUGGGGCCGUAUGCACUACCUCGUUUAUUCAAUGCAGCUGUCAUGCAGGCUGUAAGACAGCAUGAGCUGAAAACGCUCCCAUGCAGUAUUCGGCGCAAGCCACAGUUGCUUACGACAUCUCAUGAUCUUUCCGGGUAAUUAUGGGCGCAGACUCUGAAACUCCACACCGGCGCCCCAAACUCCAUAGAACACGAAGCGCAAAAAACAAUCCAGCAACGGCGCUCACUAUCGAUCCAGUGAGAUGUGCCAAGGGCUCAUCGACAGACUUGAACGGCCAUCUUGAAAAACGACAACAAAGUGACGCUACAGAUCGUCAAGCUUGGGAAGCUAGAUUUAAACAACUCGUUCAGCUAAGCGAUGCGGUACUAGCGUUCCUUGCAUGUGUGGUAAAGCAAGAUGAAAUGUCUCUCUCUUCUAGGUUGCGGUUUGAAGGCUCUCUCUCCAUAUCAACCAGCCAGUCAACGCUAGAGUCAGCUGCCGAAGAACCGUCAUUAUUGACCUGGGGAAAGGUCCGCCGCCAGCUGGACAGAGUAUUUCGCACUCUAUCCACAUGGAGAAAAGACCUCAAUGACGACUAUGCCCAUGUGGAUGACGAGCGACUCUUUAUCGAGGAUGUGGAUAGCGCUUUGCUUCCGUUGCUGAGACUGGCGCGUCAUAUCCUUCUCAUCGUAGAUAUGGAUCAUCCAAACUGGAAAGCCCAGGACAUAGAGAUCAGAAAGCCUGCAGAGAAGCUUCGGACUUGCAUGAAAUCAAUUAAACGAGCUCCUUCCCGCAAAUCUUCAGUCUCGCUAGCGUCAAAUGAGCUUCUGGAUACGAAGAUAAAUUCUGGCAGUCCCCUGGUCGCAAAGUUUCCCAGCGAUAAAACUGACUAUUUCAAAGAGUCAAAGAUGUUGGUCGCGAAUUUGAAGCAAGAGUCUGAGCCGUUGCAGCUUACAUUGCGUAGACAUGACUGGGUACUGCAGGCUGUCAAAAGUCGGGAGGAAGAAGAUGUAGAGUUAGUUCACAAAAGUGUUGCGGCAAGAACAUGAUCUUGUAUACUAUAUAAUAAAAACUAUUUGGCUUACUGGGAGAUCUGCAACUCUGGUAAUGGUGGUUCUUAGCCGUCG